CUCCCCGACUCCUCCCCAUCGCCCAUCGCCGCCCUCCGAUCCUUCAUGGCCGCUGCCACAGCCGCCGCCGCCGCGCUCGCCUCCCCGGCGGGCCUCUCCACAUCGCUGGCGCGCCGCGGCCUCGUCAGCUUCGCACCCGCGCUCCGCCCCGGCCCUGACCGCAGCUCUCGCGCCGUCGCCCUCCUCGGUGUACGAACUCAUGUCACGGCUGUUGAUCAAGCCAUUGUAAAAGGUGAUACAAAGUUGGAAGGUCCUGUGGUUGUUGUUACUGGUGCUUCCAGGGGGAUUGGAAAAGCCACUGCAUUGGCUCUUGGAAAAGCAGGCUGCAAGGUCUUGGUGAAUUAUGCUCGAUCUUCAAAGGAGGCUGAAGAAGUCUCCAAGGAGAUUGAAGCAUCUGGAGGCCAGGCCAUUACCUUUGGAGGAGAUGUUUCCAAAGAGGCUGAUGUUGAAUCUAUGAUAAAAGUGGCUGUUGAUACAUGGGGAACGAUUGAUGUACUAGUAAAUAAUGCAGGAAUCACACGGGACACAUUGUUGAUGAGAAUGAAGAAAUCACAGUGGCAAGAUGUGAUUGAUUUGAAUCUUACAGGCGUUUUCCUUUGCACGCAGGCUGCAACAAAAGUAAUGAUGAAGAAGAAAAAGGGAAGAAUUAUCAAUAUAGCAUCGGUUGUUGGUCUUACUGGUAAUGCUGGACAAGCUAAUUAUGCUGCUGCCAAGGCUGGGGUUAUUGGGUUCACAAAAACAGUUGCUAGGGAGUAUGCCAGCAGAAAUAUUAAUGCAAACGUUAUCGCUCCUGGAUUUAUUGCUUCAGAUAUGACUGCUGAACUUGGUGAAGAGUUAGAGAAGAAAAUUCUGUCAACUAUUCCUUUAGGGCGCUAUGGUCGGCCAGAGGAUGUAGCAGGCCUGGUGGAAUUCUUAGCCCUCAGCCCUGCUGCAAGCUACAUCACUGGACAGGUCCUCACCAUCGAUGGAGGAAUGGUAAUGUAAGGCUUCGAAUCUGUGCCGCUGGCCUCUAAUGUGUCGCAGAAAAAAAAUGUAAUUCAGUUUUUUGAGUGUCAUUUUUAAGGGGUGGUUUCUUUUGUCCGCAGCGGUUUGUGGUAUAGUACAGUUUGUUUCGAAGGGAGAGUUGAUACUAGAAAUUUGCACACGUAUAGUUAGCUUAAUUUCUUUGCGAUUGGCCGAUUGCUCCAAACAUGUUAUUGGAACGCUCUUUCCCUGAGUCUUCGUUUCCGUUUC